AUGCCAGACGAACCGCGACGAUCGGGCCGAGCCACUAAAGGCCAACACAAGAACCUCGAACUCCCAGAUACCCCCGCGAAAAAAGGCAAGGGUAAAGGCCCGAAGGACAAAUCCAGCAAAGCCUCCGCCGAACCUACUCCAGGACCUAGCGAAGGAGGAGACGAAGAAGAGGAGGAAAUCAUUCGUUGCAUCUGUGGCGAGUACGAAGAAGAAGAAGAUGUGGAACGUGAUAUGAUCUGCUGUGAUCAAUGCUCAGCAUGGCAACAUAACGACUGCAUGGGCCUGAAGUUCGCAAAGGGCGAAGAGCCAGAUCAAUACUAUUGCGAACAAUGCCGACCGGAAAACCACAAAGACCUGCUGGGCAAAAUCGCCAAGGGGGAGAAGCCUUGGGAAGAGGUUGCAGAGCGGCGGCGACUGGAGCUUGAGGAGAAGAAGUCGAAGCGCAAGAAGGGCAAGAAGGGAGGCCGAAAAAACAGACCUAGUGAGGGCAAGCUUGAGCCUACAACUCCUGCUCGCACUGGAACAUCGACAACGCCCGGACCUGGGCCUUCCCCUGCUACCGGUGCAUCUGUCUCGGUUGAGCCUGAGAAGAAUGGUCACACCGCAGAUUCACGACGGUCAAGUACCAACAAGCGCAAGUUGGAAGAGAAUGCAGAGACUGAAAUGGAGCCUCAAACAAAGCACCCACGGGUUUCUCCACAAUCUACUACACCAGUGGCCCCGAAACCCAAAGUGGAAGCCAUUCCACUGAUUAGCCGGGAGGAGCCUGCAAUGCCCGCUCGCAAGAGCGCGGCCAAUGCGCUAGUCAAGUUCUUCAUAGAUCAGAUUUCUGCAGCCCAGAAGGAGGGUUCUUUCUCGUUGCCAUCUGGACAGUCAGCCGAGGCUACUGCACGACACCUCGGCCUCGGAGUCGAGAAUGCCAUGUAUGAAAAUAUUUGGGGAGGAACAGGCGAGCCUACUGAGCCGUAUAAAUCGCAAUUACGAGCGAUUCUAUUCAACGUAAAGAGAAAUGACUCUCUUCGGGACCGUUUGCUCGUAGGCAGUGUUUCCCCCGAGACACUCUCUAUGAUGAAGUCCGAGGAGAUGGCUAGCGAAGAAUUACAACGAAAGGACGCAGAAAUCAAGCGAGAGGCUGAACGGCAACAUAUCAUUGUUGAGGAAGAAGGACCACGGAUUCGUCGAACCCACAAGGGAGAGGAACUAAUUGAGAACGAUACGCAUACUGCUGCGACAGAGUCUGUAUUCUCUGCAGUCCCUCGCCGAGCGACUGAUGCCGGUGCCAGCCCUGUGAACCAAAGCCCUGUGACCCCGAAGGUACCGCAGGCGGGCCAGGGUGAAAGCCACGCUCGAGCUCUUUCGCCGGAUGGCGCUCAUGGUGAUCAUGUAUUCCCCGAGGUUGCUCCUAAUAUCCGUGAGCCCGUGCCUCAUAGGAAACUUCAGGGAGAUGCGGACAUUGAUAAGUUGCUCGAUGAUGACGAACCUGAUUCCCCACCUUACUCACCAAAGGAUUUGAGUGAUGACGGCUUAAUCUGGCGAGGUAAACUCACCAUGUUACCAGUCGCCGAAUUUAAUUCCACUGCACAACAUGUCGGUGGUGCGGAGCUCAGCGGCCGCAUUCCCUGGAGCCAGCUCGCACCCCCGAUGCUGAAAGUUGAUGGCCGGAUUGAGAUUCAGCGUGCCAACAAUUACCUUUGUGGCUUGCGCUGGAGCGCUUCAACGGAUGUAUCUGUGAUUGCAGUUAGCAGCCCUCGUUCCCCUAGAGAGAUUGAUGGUUUCAACAAGCUUUUUGAUUACUUCCAUGGUCGCCAGCGAUAUGGUGUGAUUGGCGCGCAUCCACUCCCUGCUGUCAAGGACACCUACGUUGUCCCUCUUGAGGUGGGCACUACAAAGAUGCCUGAAUUUAUCGAGCUUCUCGAAAACACAACCCUUGGCGAAGGGCCCAUUGAUGAACGCAUCAUUCUUAUUGUCUUUGUGGUCAAGACUCGUGACUCCAACCCUCCUUCCGUUCAGCCCUCUUCUCAUCGCCCCAGCCAGGAACCAGCUGUAUCUGCAAGUCCCUUGACAGCAGCUGCAGCAACGCCUCAAAAUACAUUCAUGGCGGGGCAAGCUGCCUUGAACGCUUCGACUUUGGGUGUUGCUGCUCCCAACCAAGCUGCUUAUGGCCAGCAACCCGUCCAGCACCCGCCCUCCCAACAGCCCCCUUUGACGGGCAUCUCUUUGGCUAUUCAAGUUCUGGGUCCCCAAGUCAACGCCCCUGCUAUUCAGCAACUAUUGAAGACUGCACCCGACGUGGACAUGGCACAACUGACUCUUGUUCGCGAUAUCCUGGCCCGUCAGCCGGCCGCCGCCAGCAACUACGAGACAUUGAUGCAGGCUCUCUUUGACACCCAGGCGAAUGGUCACGUUUAA